AUGGCAAAAGCCACCACUCGGCCAUCCAAUGAAGACCCCUCUCGGCUGGCAUGGGCUGGCCCCGAAACUCAAAUGCUGAAACUGGGCGGCUGCGGCCAUGAUGUCGCCAGAAAUGUCAACCUGUCCAUCAUUAACAAUUCAUCCAAAGUCUCAUGUUUGUCUCCGUCGCAUUGCCGGGAGCUCGUCAGGCGCAACAUUUCUCGGGUUGCAAGGCACAAGACUGAUAGGGAAGGCUCGGACGCGCACGACGACGACGCUGCUGUUAUCGAGUGGAGGCUGGCGACUGUUGAAGCUGCAGGCUGCAGUGCGACCUUUGCCUUCGUUGGCCCCGCCGGCGUCCCCCCUCCCCCCCAGUCUCCCCAAUCCAAUUCCAGUUGCAUCGAAAGCAGACCGGGCAGUGACCUCGGGCGGCCGUUUCCAUUGGCCGCCCUCGCCCAUGGACUGGUCAAUGGCACAAUCUUCACGGCUGGGACGAACUACUACGACUGCCUCUCGGGCGUGCAGUUCCUGCUGCAGCUGCUGCAGGAGGAAGGUUGGCGCCGUCGGCCGCAUGAGACCCUCGAUUUUCGCCAAUGCCAACCAGCGCCGGCGUGA